CCAAAUCCAUUGAACCCUUCAUUACUUUCCCCCAUUUCUCAAACUCAUCAAUGGCAAAAUUUCACUACCACCUCAAACAAAUAAUAAUCCUCUUCUUCAACCAUAAACUAAACCUCUAUUACAUGCUAUCUCUCCUUCUUCUAUGUUCCCUUUCUUACCUCUUAGGUUCAUACCACCCAAAUUCAAACCCUCAUUCAUCCCUCUUUCCCACCCCUAAAAUUGCUUCUUCAUGUUUCACCCUCACAAAUUAUUCGAAAAACCCAUUUCCCCUCCCUCUCGAUUUCUCCUCUCAUCACUCACACCUUUCUUCCGAUCAACCUAUUCAUCAUUUCCCACCCUGUAACGUUAAUUUCUCUGAAUAUACUCCCUGUCACGAUGUACAACGGUCGCUCCGGUUCGCUCGAGACCGGCUUAUUUAUCGUGAACGUCAUUGUCCGAUAGAUGAGAGUGAGUUCCUUAGGUGCCGUGUGCCUGCUCCGAAUGGGUACAGAACCCCAUUUAGAUGGCCUAAAAGUAGGGAUAUGGUUUGGUAUGCUAAUGUACCUCAUAAAUGGUUAACCGUUGAAAAAGCCGGACAAAAUUGGGUCCGGUUUGAAGACGAUCGGUUCACAUUUCCUGGUGGCGGAACUAUGUUUCCUCGUGGUGCAGAUGCUUAUAUUGAUGAUAUUGGAAAAAUUAUUAAUCUUAAAGAUGGGUCGGUUCGAACCGCCAUUGAUACCGGUUGUGGGGUUGCUAGUUUUGGGGCCUAUUUAUUGUCACGAAAUAUACUACCUGUAUCCUUUGCACCAAAAGACACUCAUGAAGCUCAAGUACAAUUUGCCCUUGAGAGAGGUGUCCCAGCAUUAAUAGGGAUUUUGGCUACUAAACGCCUCCCUUACCCUUCUAAAUCUUUUGAUCUAGCUCAUUGCUCGCGGUGCCUCAUUCCUUGGGGUCAAUAUGAUGGGCUAUACCUGAUAGAAGUGGACCGGAUCCUACGACCAGGAGGUUAUUGGAUCCUUUCAGGACCACCCAUUAAUUGGGAGGACCAUUGGAAGGGUUGGGAAAGAAGUAAAGAAGAUUUGAACUCAGAACAAUCUACAAUUGAAGCUGUUGCUAAAAGCUUGUGCUGGAAAAAAGUAAGGCAACGUGGGGAUAUUGCUGUUUGGCAAAAGCCUACUAAUCAUGUUCACUGCCACAAAAAUCGCAGGCUCUUCAACAAACCACGGUUUUGUGUUGCUCAAGAUCCUGAUCUUGCAUGGGACACAGAUAUGGAGGCAUGUCUAACCCCACUCCCAGCAGUCACAAACAUAACACAAAUAGCAGGACGGCUAGCAAAAUGGCCAGAGAGACUAACCGCAAUUCCUCCUAGGAUACGCAGUGGUAGCUUGGAUGGUAUAACCCCUGAUGUCUUUAAAAAAGAUACUGCUAUUUGGAAGCAGAGAUUGGCCUACUACAAGACCUUAAACAAUGAGCUGAAUGACCAAGGGAGAUAUCGUAAUGUUCUUGACAUGAACGCCAAUUUGGGUGGUUUCGCAGCUGCUCUUGUUGAUGAUCCUGUUUGGGUUAUGAAUAUUGUCCCUGUUGAAGCCAAAGUUAACACUCUUGGAGUUGUCUUUGAGCGCGGUUUGAUUGGCACCUAUCAGAGUUGGUGUGAGGCAAUGUCUACUUAUCCAAGAACAUACGACUUAAUACAUGCCGAUUCUGUAUUCAGACUUUACGAGGCCAGAUGUAAGAUGGAAGAUAUACUGUUAGAGAUGGACAGGAUAUUACGCCCCGAAGGUUGCGUAAUAUUCAGAGAUGACAUUGAUGUUCUAGUGAAGGUGAAAAACAACAUUGAGGAAAUGCAGUGGAAUAGCAUUAUAUUUGAUCAUGAAGAUGGUCCUAUGAAUAGGGAGAAGAUUAUGGUUGCUGUUAAACAAUAUUGGACAGCUCCUGCAGUUGCACAAACUGUUUCCUAGUGAUUUUUUGUUUUGGGUCUCAGCAGGCGUAUUUAGUUUUGAACCUUUUUUGUUGCGUAUACAUUCAUAUUUCAUACAGGUUUAAGGAGAAAAGUGGAUGUCCAUAUAGGACUAGCCCUUUUAUGUAGUUCACAAAAUUAUCGUAUGAGACGGUAUCACGGUGAGACACGCCAUAUAUAUGGAUUAAAUAGCACAUCUGGUACAUAUUAAGAAAAUAUAGACUCCUUAUUUGAAGUCGUCUCACCAUAGUUUGGUGAUUUAAAUCCUUAGACCGAAUUCUUUGUUAUGAUGUAAUUUGAUUGGUUUUGGUUAGUCUUCCUUGAGGAAGUUGGGAAGAUUACCAUUUAGAAGAAUAAUGUCUCAUACUUUCAUUUGUUUUGAAUCAUCAACCAUGUUGUUAUUUAGGGAAGAAAAGAAAUUAUAAAGGGUGUGAAUAACUUGCAAUCAUUUUGUAGAAUGUUGAAAUUCUGAACAAUGAUACUUGAAUUUUUCUCUUGGGA